CUUCCUGGCAGUCACAGCUGACACCCAUCAUCGAUGCUAUUUCUGAACCAAGCUCGGAACUUUGGCUAAUCAGCUGAGCGAGGGGCAAUACCUCCGUGAAAAACCCCUACCGGCGCUCAGGACUCGAGUAUUCCCGAUGUUAUCUCACCGAAGGUGAAAACUUGAUUCUAUCCGACGCUCGGGGAAAACAGGGUGUGGGACGUAUCAUGCCGCGCAAGAAGCGUCCUUACAGUCCCAAGAUCAAAGGCUGCUAUGAAUGCUCACAGCGACGUAUACACUGUGACCGAACCGAGCCGGAAUGCCGAAAAUGCACUUCUAAAGGUCUCAAAUGCAGCGGCUUGAGCGUUCGGCAUCGGUUCAACAAUGGAGUGGCAUCGAGGGGAAAGUGGACGGGGAAGACUAUGCAAGUUGUCUAUCAAGAGAUGAAGGGACAUGAGCGGAUUGAGCGGCAACGUCAAGAGAGAGAGACUAUUCCAACUCCUGGUGAAUCAUCCCAAGACGAGGAGACGACUCCUAGAGACUUCACAGAAGACUUGUGGGAAUGCCUUCUAGCUGUAACAAGUGCUGAAGAUCCCUUUCCUGGAGGUCUUAUUAACUCCGAGGGCUCGUUUUUCUUGGAGAGUAGCAGCAGCAGCACCGCCUUGUUACAAUUCCCCGAAAGCGACAGGGCGGUUGAUACUCUUGCUCUUACGAACGACGCAGGCAAUGGUAUAACAGCCUGCAGUUUCUCCUCGUCUGGAGAUUGCCUGGUCUUCCAGCCGUCACCAGACAACCUUUCCCCCUGGGAGAGGCUUAUGCUCUUGCAUUUCUCCGACUCUAUCGCCAAAGAAAUGGUCGCCAUAGAUGGACUCCACAACGGCUGGCGCCACCUGAUUCUUCCCGCUGCACAUGCUGAUGAGUUGGUGAUGAACGCCGUCCUCGCUGUCUCCGCAUUCCACCAGUCGCUCAGCAGAUCCCCCAACAGCCGUGACCGCCAAGAUAUACCCAGACAGCUAGGGGAUCACCAUGGCCGACACCGCUGUCGGUCGCAGCAGCCAGACCCGGAUCAGCUGUAUGCACGCGCCAUCAUGGGUCUGCGGCAACGACAAGGACUGAGAGACUGCGAUCUCUCAAGCCAGCAUUCCAUCUUGCUGACCAUUCUGGUGCUGUUAACCGCGGUCAUGGUGACGGGGUACUCGGAUUUCCCAACCCUGCUCCGAAUGCUGCAGUCGGCGCUGGAUGCGAUAGGUGGAGAACAAGGGCUUGGGGGCAGCGAGAUGGCCGAAUUCAUCAUCCGCCAGGUCCACAAGAUGCGCGUCUACGCCGCACCGCUCCUGAGCGAGCAGACCGGCCUGGAGACGAUAUCCUCCCAGGACCAGAUCGCGCAGUUCUUCGACUGCCUGAACCACUGCUCGCAGCAGCGGCCCGAGCACGCGCUGGCCGUGUCCUUCGUGACGGACAUCGUGCACCAGGCGCGCGACAUCUACCUACAGCAGGUGUUGAAGCUCCAGCGCGACCCCGCUUCCUCGCCCCCGGGGCCGAGCCAAAUCAUCGCCAUGUCCGAGUCCAUCGGCCGCGUGCAGCGGUUCAAGGAGACCCUGGAGGCGUUCCCGCACGGGUCGCCCGGCCAGCAGGUUUUGGUGUGGGCGACCUUCGUGGCGGCGUCGGACUGCCUGCUGGACGAGCACAAGGCGUUCUUCGAGGGUGUGCUGCUGGAGCAUUAUGCGAGAAACGGGUUCGUCAACUUGCUGAGGGCUAUCGAGUAUUUGCGAAAGAUCUGGGCACGUAGCCCCGAGGAGAGGUGGACUACGCUGUUACCCCAGGCGAGAGUGUUUGUUAUGUGAACUGUUGGGUUCUUGGCGAUCAGGGUUGUCUGGAAUACGCAUUAAGCUUCGCGGUGACGUACUACAAAACCAUAAGCUUGUUUUUAGGGGCGUUUGGACUGGCAUUACAGGGGGAACUACCUUGUAAUUAUCCUAAUUUACCGAUGGAUUAGCUCAAUUAGGUUAGGGUUACGUUAGCAAUCCC